UUAUAAUUGCUAGAACAACUCUGACUACAUGAGUGAUAAGAUCUUGUACACUGACAAGUUUAAAAGCCAGUGUUUUGGAAAUCUUUGAACAGCAAGACUAUAUACAUCUGGCUAUAGGUCAAUUGAAUUCAGGGCUUUAAGAUCCAACAUGAAUAUAUAUAUAAUGCUGGAAUCUGUGUUCAAAUUCAGACUCCUUUAUUUGUCUUCAUCAAAUAGAACCCAGCAGAUUGUGGUUCUCCAUGUUGAGAAGACUUGGAACAUUCAGUGCCUUAGUGUUGUAUCAGAAUAACUGACCAAUGCAGAUUUAUAACUUGACCCAUGCAACUUGCCUCUCAGGGUAGAUGGGUAGAUGUGUUCCUCCAGAUGUUCUGACCAACUCCCAUGUUGCCUCAGCUGGCAACUUUGUUUAGCUGGUUUCGAGAAUGAGGACCAAUCUUCCACAGCACAGGCAGUGGGAGGGCGUGGCAGAGAAAGCGAACCCUCUGUUCGAAUAAUCUCAUAGGCUGGCUUACAUGUCUGCCUUCCACCAGUACCACGCCACUGUCUGUUCCCUGGCUCAGUAGACUUGCGACAAAGCCAGAUCAAGGCCCAAAGGUAGGUGGUACUGCAUACAUAAUUCUGCACCCCUAAGAGUGACACUGUCUUGUUCUUGUGUGUGGCAUAUUUGUCAAAUGUUUGGUUGCUGUUAAUUUAGAAGACAUCUGUUAUAUCCUAUGACACUACUUCUCCUUUCCAGGUUGCAGGGUGUCAUCCAUCAUUUUUCUCUUUCCUGGUUUCUGUGCUACUUGGUGCCUGAACUCCUGUAUAUUUUCAGCAUUAAUGUAUUGGAUACAUCUGCCUUCAGAAUCCAGAGAGCAGGAAGUACAGACAACUGCCGAGAUCACACCCUGCAUUUCAGGCCUACUUUUUUACUGACAGGAGAACCCGUGGUCCUAAAAUGUCCUCUGCUCAGAUAUGGACAAACAAAUGGCUUUGAUCCGCAGCUUAACAUUACCUGGGCCAAAAAUGGCUCAGCAGCAUUUAUCCCGACAGGAUACAGAGGAGCAAGAAUAUUCUCACAAGAUGAAGCUCUCUGGUUUUUACCAGUUUCUCUUGAGGACUCUGGGGUAUAUAUCUGUACACUCAGGAAUUCGUCUUACUGUUCCGAUGUGGCUAUUCAUCUGCAAGUGGUUGAUAAAAGUUUUGUCCACGCUCUUUCCUAUCCUCAAAAGGCCUUCAUAUCCAGUCCUGGGAAGCUGGUUUGUCCCAACCUGGAGAGUUUUAUACAAAAGGAUACAGGCUAUGCACUCAGGUGGUACAAGGACUCAACCCCUCUGGAUAUAGACAAUAAAAAGUUUAUCACUUUGAAAAACACACAUUAUCUCAUGAUCAGUUCUGUAUCAUUGGAUGAUUUGGGCUACUAUACUUGUCUAAUGACCUUUGAGCAUGAAAAGACAACAUAUAACAUCACCAGGAUCAUUCAGCUGCAAGCCUUUGGCCAAGAGAAGGAAACCGUCCCUGUGAUUGUUUAUCCGAACCAAAAGAUUACAUUAGCAGUUCUUGGCUCUCGCUUGACCAUCCCAUGUAAAGUGUACGUUGGUGAAAAUGAUCAUUCUUUUACAGAUGUCUGGUGGCUAGUUAAUAACAGUUACGUUGAUAAGACUUAUCACAAAGGGAGAAUUUACGAAGGAAAAGCUCAGAAACUUGUGGAAAACGAUGACAUUUACAUUGAGGUGCCGCUGAUUUUUGACCCUGUCAAAGAAGAAGAUUUCAAUACAGACUUUACGUGUGUUGCCCAGAAUAGUCGUGGCCACCAAAUACAUGCAACGCAAGUCAAGCAAGAAGAACGUCACCUGCCUUGGUACUUGGCAUCCAUUCCUGUAGCAUUAGCAGCUGCAAUUGUGGGAGUAGUAUGUAUCCGUAAAUACUGGAAGAAGCGAAGAUCUGCCAAAGGAUAUAUUGCAGCCGAAACCUAAAGAACAAAACUUUUUUCCGCAUCCAAACCAUCACCCAGCCCUCAGCAUGUCAAAAAACCUCUUGGUGUUCCAUGGAGAAAAGUUCAAACACAACUUCCUAUGAUAUAAUGACUUAAGUAAAAUGCAACCUGUGUCUUUUUAAGUGUCUCCAAAAUCUUCCAUCUGAGAUGGCUCCCUGACCGACCCAAUGUGGUGUUAGGAUGUGUUGUGGGGGCUGAAAAAGGCAGUUGUCAAGGCAUCUGCUUCCUUAACAGGCCUCUGGCUGUCUGUAAAAGCUUCAUUUUGUGAAGGUGGGCCUGCACACACUUGUUAAAUAAUUUCUGUGUGCAUUAUCUCAUGUUGUUCCAUUUUCAAGGUCCUUUCAGGCUAGAGCAGAACUGCAGCCAGUUAGUCUGUGUGAUUUCAUCUUGGCUUCUGUGAAUACUCCAUUCCCCAAAAUGCAUAGGAACAGCAUUCAGGCAGCUGAUGAUCAGCUAAGGAGGCUCAUUGCACAUUUAUCAAAGGCUUUUGAGUAUAAAACAUGGUACAGACAAAGGGUGCCCUUUGCCUUCCAUUGGUUUUGUUAUGUUGCCAUCUUGCUUUUGGCUUGUGACUUUCAGUAUCAUAAUGUGAACUCGUCACUACUGGAGGAUAGUGCUUAGGUAUGUAUAGACAUGUUUAAGUGGCUUUUGUUAUUUUCUGGCUGAAGAAUUGUUUCCAAAGACUGCCCUUGUAAAUAAACAUCCCAAUGUUAUCGUUAAA